AUGUUGACUUACCGCGGCAUUUCCGUUUCCAUGCCGGACACGCUCCCCGAUCCAGAAUCUCACCUCAAGUCCUUCAAGCCUUUCAAUACUUGGAUUGAUACUCUGACCCAGUCUCUUGCGCUGCAAAGCCAUGCCUCUCACCCAUUUCACUCCGACCCCUAUGUUCUUCGCAAUGUCACGGUUCAGUCUUGCGACUUCUGGGGACCCAACCGGAUUGGCUUUAUGAAGCUCACCGCGCACGUCUCCAAUUCUGCCGGAGAGACGCUGCCCUCGGGAUGCCUCUUGCGCGGCCCCAGCGUGGCCAUGCUGGUGAUGCUCAUCCCGGACGACGUGCCGUCGGAUUCGGAGGAGCGCUACGUCGUCCUGACGGUCCAGCCGCGCACCCCCGCCGGGAGCCUGACGUUUGUGGAGCUGCCGGCGGGAAUGGUGGACGGGGCUGGUAACUUCAAGGGCGUGGCAGCCAAGGAGAUUGAGGAGGAGCUGGGCAUUACGAUUCACGAGGACGAGUUGACAUGCCUUAGCCAACUGGCAGAGGCGUCUAGAGAACAGCGGAAUACGGAUACGGACACCAUGGGCGAAAAGGAAAAUCUAGCUGCUGCCGUGUUCCCGAGUGCGGGUGGCUGCGACGAGCAUAUCACCAUCUACAGCGCUGAGCGACGCAUUCCGAGAAGCCAGCUGAGCGAGUGGGAGGGGCGUCUCACAGGAGAACGAGACUCUGGAGAGAAAAUCACGCUCAAGGUGGUGCCCAUGAAGGAUUUGUGGAAAGAGGGCGCUCGGGAUGCCAAGGCCCUCGCCGCACUGGCGCUUUGGCAGGGUCUACGCCAAGAGAAGAAGCUGUAG